UUACAGUUGAAAGACAAGACGCUUGUAUUUUGCAGCCACACAGUUUUCCAAUUUUCUAAGAUUUUUUUUUGUGUGAAGAACACUUUAGUGUGGCGAUUUUAUUUAAGCAACAGCAUUGUAAUUGUUUUAAAAGAAGCCUUACUGAAGUUGGUGAAAAUGUCUUCGGAAUUGGCAUGCUCGAAAUGUAGGCAGCCAUCCAAAUUCUAUUGCGAACGCUGUUUGGAACCUUAUUGCUCCUCAGAAUGUCAGAUUUCUGAUUGGUUUGAGCAUAAAGCGAAAUGUUACAAAUUGCCUAAUUUAAUACCAAUGCAUAUUUUAAAGUCGACAAGUAACUUGAGCUUGAAACAUGAUGCUCAAUCACGUCGCCAAUAUGGAUCAAAGGAUAACUUGAAUGAAACAAAACGCACCAGCGCCCAUCACGGCUCCAAAUCACGCAAUCCCAUAGAAUGUGGGGAGUCUUGCAGCGGUGCCAAACCUAAGAAGAUAUUACAGGAUGAGGAUUUUACUUUAAUGCCCAAAACAGCCAAUGAAACUAAUAUGGGAGAGAACAUUAACUCCGGCCCUGCCUUAAAGAAUAGCCAAACAAAUAGUGUAGUUUCUGUGGGCAAAACUGCCAAUUGGCGCUCAGCUUAUCCUCCUCCAAAUGGGUUUUUCGAUGUCAUGAUUCAAUUUGUUGAGGAGGUCGAAGAGAAAGGAAAACGUUUUGUUUGGGUCACUGAUGUCAAAUACGACGAGCCAUUGCGCAAACUAUUGUCUGAAAUCAACCGCAAUGUGAAUCCUAAGGAACCUUGUAAUCCGGAAUUGAUAGUCCCUGGUGCCUUGGUAGCUGCUCCUUUGAGCAAGAUUCUGUAUAGAGCUGAAGUGCUGGAAACCUCUCUGCAGACACAACGCGCCGAUUUACGACUAAUUGAUUAUGGUAACGAGAUACGAGUUCCAUUUAGUCAAAUAUAUGCACCUAUACCCAUAAUGGCAAAUCUAAACGCUUACGCUUUUCGUGUGUGCAUACUUGGCGAGUGCGGAGUUUUGGAGUUGGAGUCUGUAAUAACUAUUAAGGUGCUGGGCGACAAGCAUCCAAAUGACUAUUACAAGGUGGAGUGCAAAGAAAAAUCUAUACCCCUGCAACUGCCAGUGGAUUUGUUAACUAAGGAAAAGUCCUUAUCUGUUGUGAAGUGCUUUGUCGAUGGGCGUAAAGCUCUGCUCCGUAUGAACGAGAUAGAGAAAAUGGCCUUAGACAAUGUGCUCAAUUCAGAGCAGUCUAUACAGUACGAAUUGGAAAAGAUGCCGACGGAAGGGGCUUUUGUGGCAGCCCGUUGUAGAAAGGGCUGGAAACGUGCCCGGCUUUUGGGUUUCAUUGAAAAAAGCCACGAGUAUUUGGUAUACAUGAUCGAUGAUGGCUUUAUUGCACUAUCCCCCCAAAUAAAACGUAUACCAACUGCAUUUUUGACUCAACCAAUGCGAGUUUUUGCUGUAUCCACAAGUUGUCCUGACUAUACGCUAUCUGAACCUAUGCUUGCCAAUACUAAAAUGCUGUCUCUACAACUUUUGCCUGCUACUUCCAUGACUGCGGGAAAGAACUCUAAGACACAUGUAUCCUGUGCUCUAUUUGAAGAUGCCCAUAAAAUUGUCGAUGUUGUCAUAGCAUCUGUUUUUACCGGAAAUCUUAAUGAAUUGGAUCUUCAAUUCUGGUAUGACAAAGUGGAUAAAGGUUCCAUCGUUGUCAUAAGUCAUGUUUUAACCUUCAAGGAAGUAUACAUUGCAUCAAUAGAGACUCAAAGUUAUGAGCAAAUAUUUAUUUGUGAAAGUUCCAAGUGUGCUCCAUACAAUGACAAAGAAGAGAUUAAAAAAGGAGAUUGCGUGUUUGUUUGUGGCCAGCAGGGAAACUACUAUCGUGGACAGGUAAUGGACAUCGGUGUUAAAAAUACUUAUAAAAUAGAGGAUGUUGACAAAGGUAUGGAACACUAUGCAGUAGAACGUAAAUAUCUCUUAAAACCAACAAACAUAGUGCGAGCUCUCCCAGUACGUUGUUGUUUAAUAAGGCUUAUGUAUUUGGAGACUAUACCCACACCUAUUGCCAACAACAAAGCGUUGGCAGCAUUGGAAAGUUGCAUGAAUAAUUCUGCCGAAUUUGAAGUUUUUAGCGAAGAUGCUAGCCAAGCUGUGGAUUUACUUUUCCGCACAAAUGAACGUCAAUCAUUGUGCAAAAAACUUUUGCCUAUGCUAUUCGAGCCACGAGAGCCUUCCGCAAGCAAAACUUCACCCCAGCCUUCAUCACAGUUGGCACCCACGCCACCAAUUACACCAACAACACCUGAAGCCCCUUUGAAAGUAAUUGCUGUGCCGCCUCAAAAGGUGGUUACCAAUAAAAUAUAUACCCUCGAUGACCUGGAAGUUAUACCGAUUGAAUGUGGCGAAAAGGCAGAGUUGUAUGUUUUGGAUGCAGCUUCUUUGGUAAAUCAAGAAGCGCCCUAUAUAACUGCUGCCGAUUUUAAGAAUAAGGCUUUCUUAGAGCAGAUGGAACAUUAUUUGGCAAUGGUAUCUGAAUAUUGCAAUAAUCAAAAAACCCCCAAACUUGGUUAUGCUCCUCAGAAAAUGGAAAUCUGCUUAUCGAUUUUUGCCGAUGAUAACCAAUGGUAUCGGGCCUUGUGUGUAGAUAAAAAGAAUGAAGAUUUUCUGGUUAUGUUCCUGGAUUAUGGAAAUUUAUCUAAAGUAAGCAAAAAAGACAUUAUGCCCAUAACACCUGAGCUUAUGUUCCCUUCAAAUGCAAAUAUGGUCUACAUUGAUGGAAUUACUACUAAAGAAGAUGCUAUUGGAUUUGCAAAAGCUACUCAAGCUCAUCCCAUCAUAAAGGCUCACGUUGUUGCAACGCCCGAAGGAGAGGCUUACUUAGCCAAAGUUCAUAAUUUGGAUAAACUAAUUGCUGGUUAGUUUUUAUUUUAUUUUUUAAAACGCAAUACCUUGUGCAAGGUACUUCAUUAAAUUUUCGUUUGUUUGGACAUCAAUUUUGUCACAAAGCCCUGGAGGCUUUAUAUGCAUUAAUUUUUAUUUUUAUGUUUUGUUUCUUUUUAUUAAAUUGAUGAAUUUGUUCAUUUUCUUUUUUAAUGUUUAUGACCAAGAUAAAAAACAUAAUGACUAUUUUUAGUUUGUUUUGUAUGCUGCAUUAUAAUUGAAAUAAAACUUUCCAUCUUAUCUUUAUGAUGCUGUCCUUUGGAAA